UGUUGACACUUGUAUGUUGAGAAUAUUGGUCUAUAGAGAGAGAACUUUUCUACCCAUCUCAGCUAAAGUGGGGUGGGAAAUACUCAGUAGUUUCUCUACUGACCAAAUAUGGUUAGUUUGGAGUGGGACUGUGUCCUACAUACCCAGCAGCACUUCGUUCUCAGUCCCAUCUUGAAUGCCCAAUGCAAUAUACUGUAAUAGACUGUACAUGGGAAACAUAUUGGCUUGUAGAGAGAAAGGUAGAAAAGUUGUCUCAGCUAAAGUGGGUUGGGAAAUACUCAGUAGGGUCUCUACCAGGGUUUGCGUUAGCUGGUAAUUUCCGGUUUUUGGACGCAAUUUUUUUUUAUGCCGAUAAAAAAUACAUAAAGCCGACAAAUAAAAACAGUAUAAAAUAUACAGCUGAAAAUUCCGGUUCUUUCACAUUCAUCUCUAUACUCUGCCUGUCUCCCUCCCUUUCUAUCUGUCUUGGCUUGAGCUAUCACUAGUGAAGUGCAACAUUGUAUCAAAUCAAUCAACUGGAACCGGCCGGAAGCUGUCUCUAGCGAACUUGCAACGAUCAACGAGUCUAUUACGGGCCCUCAGAGUUUCCCGUGUUUUUGAGCAAGGGAAAGUCAGGAUCAAAGGGCUGAGCAUCUUUGGAGGGUACGAGAGACAAAACAUGGCUAAACAACAAGACCUGGAGGACGGUGAAGAAAUCCUGAGCACGUUUGAAAAGUUUGUUCGGAAUCAGGGACUGGUUGACUGGCCCGUUGCGUUUGAGGAGAAUAUAGAGAUAUCAUCACACUUCAAACAUUACAGUCAUCCCAUACAGAUAUAUGACUACUUUAAAGUAAAUGUGCCAUUCCCAGUGGACGUCGCCAUGUCCUUCUCCAAGAGCAUAGAGGAGCUAUAUUCCAAAAUAAAACUACAUGCAUCCAUAAUCUCACAAGAACAGAGCAAAAACAAGAAUGCGGAGUCAGUGUUUGAUGACGUUAAUAAAUAUACAAUGUAUGUGGAAAGAGCACAUCGAAUCAUGAAAGAACAGAGUGAGGCAGUGUCAUGGAGCUUGGACAUCAAGGACUAUGACUACCCAGGGUUUGAUGCAGUCGUGUAUACUGACAUCCCAGGACAUCCUGAUGCCUUACAACAUUUGGACAGCGUCUCAGAGGCCCAAGGCUUCAAUCCAGGCUUCCUGAAGAUCUGGAGGCCGUUCUUUCUGUGUGAUCUGUCCGUGGCUGUUCUCAAAGACACAUUCUGGUGGUUCUUCCUCCACAGAUUUAAGCCUAACGUGGAGGAGGAGAGCCAGUUGUUUGAUCGUAUCUCUGGAGCCUUUGUCUCUCUGCUGAUGACUGUUCAGAUGGACCUGAAGGACAAGCUCUUUAAGGUGUAUGCAGACUGCCUGGCCCAGGCGGUCUACGGAGCGUUCUACAGAGCGUUCCCUGAGUCCAUGGAACGUCUAGGCAAUGACUUCAAGACAGACCUGACUGACCUCAUCUCCCUCUGGGUAUCAGGUGUGAAGCCCACCAUGUUGUCGUGGCAGAGCUGGAACCUGGGCUGGCUGGAUCCUGUAGACACGUCCGGGGAGAGCCAUGGAGAGUCAGCAUGUGACCUGCAGAUGGAGUUUGAAGAGAUGGUGUCCAGCGCCAGGAGACUGAGUCUCAGCCCCACAGAGAAGCAGAAGAGAGGAAGCAUCGCCAAUGCUGACACCAGGAUGGACCGCAAGAGAGAGUCCCACUACAUCGGAGCAGGUCCAGAGUUCCAGCAUGUCCGUUUCAAGCCCUGUGGUCAGAGUCCUCUGGUGUCUCGCUACCUGCACCUCCAAGACAUCCCUACACCCGCUGGAUCUGACACACGCAGGAUCACACGCACUGAGAUCACCAACCUGCCUCCGUCCAAACCCACCUACCAAGAGGUGCUGACUGAUGUGGAGGAGAGGAGUCACAAAAGGCAACAGGAAUACAACACGUUCUGCCAGCAGACUAAACAGGAGAUAGCUGACAUCCACAGAGAUCGACUCAUCCACAACAUGAAACUCAACAGGAUGAAGAAAGAGAUUUUCAGCAACCGCAUCGAGGUGAAGAUCGCCAGCGAAGGAAUCAUGAAUAAAUGGAACCACCCCCCGUACCGCCAGUGUCUGCAGAAGGGAGAGGGGAUAGAGAUGGAGUCGGAGGAGGUGAAGAAUGCAAACCAACCUUCUGUUUCUCCAGAGAACCGAAAGACAGCUGGACAAUGACACUGCAGCUUUCAGCACAGUCUCUCUCUCUCUCUCUCUCUCUCUCUCUCUCUCUCUCUCUCUCUCUCUCUCUCUCUCUCUCUCUCUCUUUCUCGUUAUGCCAAUCAGAUCUACAGAACAUGAUGUCAGUGCUUUGUGCCACAUUAACAUAUAUUUUACAGUUGUUUUCAUUCUAAUCCACCCAGAUUAUUUAAAUGCAAACCUUCACACUUCACCAUUUAAGUCGCACUGUGAUUAUUUCCCUUCAGUCUGUUCUCCCUUUCUCAGACGCUGACUUAAAACAGUGUGUGUGUGUGUGUGUCGGGCCAGAGCAGGGCCAGUGUGUUUUAUGACUCAUAUGCUGCCUGAGUGAAGUCAUAAAGGCUCUUCACAGAAACAUAUUACC